GACGUCAUCGAUACUGCGCUACACACAUACUUCGACGUACAUGUGUACACCCACAGUCCCACAGUGUGGUACACCUUCGCUUGGUUUUUAAAGUCGUCUGGUGACAACAUCAUCUAUCAUGUCAAUGGGGCGAACUAUGUUUUGCACUCAAGAGGGUCCCCUCAAUACCAUAAGCACUAACAGAGAUGCAACUCAGUGUGUUGUAGCUGGUCGUAAUGUUUUUAAAAUAUUCUCAAUUGAGGAUGAGGAAUUUGUGGAGAAGAUGAGUUUGAGAGUAGGCAAAAUAAAUUUGAACCUCAGCUGUACUGAUGUUGUAUGGAAUCCAAUUGAAGACCACAUAUUAGCAUCAGCAGCAACUAAUGGGGCUGUGGUAACUUGGAAUCUACAGAAAUCGUCAAAGUCAAAACAAGAUCAUGUGUUUACACUUCACAAGCGUACCGUAAACAAGGUAUCGUUUCAUCCAACUGACGUUAACUUGCUGCUUAGUGGCUCUCUUGAUGGCACUAUGAUGCUGUUUGAUCUCAGGCAAAAAGAAGUCGCCAGCACUUUCCACGCGGGCACGGACUGUGUACGUGAUGUGUCCUUUAGUCCUCAUCAUUAUUUCACAUUUUCUGCAACGCAUGAUAGUGUUGUAGACCUAUGGGACAUGAGGCGGACUGACAAAUGUGAGCGGCAGUUCACUGCUCAUAACGGACCUGUCUUCUCGUGUGAUUGGCACCCGGAAGACAAGCGCUGGAUUGCUACUGCCGGCAGAGACAAAGCUAUUAAAGUUUGGGAUAUUCAGUACAAGCCACACCUUGAGCAUACGAUACAGACAAUAGCGUCGAUAGCUAGGAUAAAGUGGCGGCCACAGCGCAAGUACCACAUCGCUAGCUGCUCACAGGUUGUUGACUUCAGCAUUAACAUUUGGGAUGUCCGGAGACCGUUCAUUCCAUUUGCAGCAUUCAAUGAACACAAGGAUGUUACGACAGGAAUAGCAUGGAGGCAUGAUCCACAUAAUUUCUUAUCUGUGAGCAAGGACUGCACUCUGUAUCAGCACCUGUUUCGGGAUGCAGUUCGCCCGGCUGACAGCGCCGCACCUGUUGGCCUGGCAAUUAACAUUCACGGGGACGUCACUCACGCAGUCAGCAAUAAGCUCGAAAAUGCCUCCGCCGUGAAGGGAUCGGGAAAUUAUCAGUCGACUAAAGCACCUUCGUUUUUUCGAAGACCACCAAGUAGGAGCGAAUUGUUUAAAAGUGCCAAUAGCCAGGUGCAAGUGUAUCAGAAUGCUGGAGUAAAAAAUAGUCUCUCCAUGGACUGGUUUGUCAUAUCGGCAAAGAAGUACCAGCUGACGGGCAAGCUGCUGAAGGACCUGUGUGAGCACAACGCGGCCAUCUCGGAGCACCUGGAACGCUACGACGUCGCCCAGACGUGGCACAUGCUCAAGAUUCUGUACAGCGCCGACGCGGGCCAGGCGAUCACGCGCACCUUCACGAUGGACAGCAACCCCGACUACAGCCAGCGAAACAACCCGGACAAAGGUGCGGGCCAAGCAGCGGCUGGACAACCACGCCGACCACGUCACGGACAGCAGAAAAGCCGACAAACAGGCGGCACGAAGCCUAGUGCGAGCCCGGGGUCGAUGAGCGGACAGCGAGACGGGAGCCCGCAGCGACCGAAGAACUCCGGCCGACAGCUCUCCAACAUUGCCAGCGGGAUUCGUCAACAACUCACGCGUGAUGGCGCUGGCAGCACGCGAGCGCGAACGGUGAGGGCCGCCGGGACGGAUCGUACCGGCCCACCUGACAACCUCAACGGGUCUCCACCUAGUGUCAACGACGAGAGCGAAAUCAGUGACAUGGCGCAGGACCAACCGAACAUUGACUGCAAAGUGGAAUUGCUGCUCAGCACGAAUGCACUGGCCGAGCAGAGUCAUCUUUGGGACAGCACGCAGAUGGUGGUUGACAUGUUGCACCAUUUUGCUGCGAAGGGAGACGUGCAGAUGUCCGUGUCUGUGCUCAUCGUUCUCGGCGAUCGCAUACGGCCUCACAUCGACGAACACACACAGGAGCACUGGCUGAUGUCUUACAUAGAUCUGCUAGGACGAUUCCAGCUGUGGAGCUGCACGAACGAGAUAAUCAAGCUGAGUGGACACUCGGCUGUGAAUUGCCUGAACCAGCAGUCGACCACUGUGCGCACCGCCUGCAACCGCUGCGGCAAGACGCUGCUGCGGUCCGGCUGGCUGUGCGACAAGUGCAAGGGCAUCACUAACUCCUGCAGCGUCUGCCACCACACAGUGAGGGGUAUAUAUGCAUGGUGUCAGGGCUGCUCACAUGGUGGACACUUGCAGCACCUACAGGAGUGGUUCAGCAAGUACCAGGUUUGUCCCGCAGCCUGUGGCCACAUGUGCGAGUUUGCAUCCUAGAGAAGAAACCAGUUCUGCAGGCACGUAUGAACAGUUCCUAGCUAACAAGGACCUAUGUUUACUCCCUAAUGAUGGUGCUAUGUAUACAAUGGGGAAAGUGACCUUGAUCCGUAUUUUGGUUGGAAUAACUCUGCUUGUUACUGCUAUGCGUUCAUCGCGGCUUCAUGCAAACUACGUUUUAUACGUUACUUUCAGGCGAAUACUCACAUAGUUUUGACAAUCUUAGUUUGAUAUCUGGCACGGCAACGAUUAACUAUAGUAGCUAUAUGAUGCUGGUAUGAGAUGUAUGUGAGAAAUGUGAAUCAAUAUUUUUUUUACAUGGGUGUAGCCAUAUAGAUCAGUAUUGGAAAAUUUAUUGAUCAAGUAAGCACACAUGUCCAAAGUAGUAGAGCAAAUAGAUCUCAUGCUAAUAAUUGAAUUUGCAAGUGUAUAAUGUAUGACACGUGGCAGAGAUGUUGUGAUGACAUACAGCAUUGUAAAUGCAUUUAUAACAAUCAGAAAGGAAGCUAAGAUUUCAAAUGUAUGAAUUUGCUUUUUUGGUAUUAGAGAUAUUAAAGAAUGGGAGUUGGUAAAAUUUUGUACGAUAAAAAUAUCAUAAUAGUGGGCACUGUGUGGAAAUCCAGACAUGUCUAAGUGUAUAUUCCCAACCUUUUGUUUGUUUUAGUGCCCAGUUUUAUUUAUAAGAAAUUAUGAUAUAAAUUAUAAAUACUGGCGUUGAGGCGCAUAUUGGUGUCAUGUAAUUUUCAUCCAACUUGAUCAUGUUAUGCAUUGGUCACACAUACCUCUAUUUACAUACACUAUGUAAUUGUUGUGAUUCAUAAUGUAGAUAUGUACAGUCAUAUUUGUUUUGUAAAUACAUUCUGCAACGUCACGUACCGUCAAUUACGUGAAGAUCCGUGCUGCGUAAAUGCCGUUGUGUGUGUGAUGUGCAAACGAUUCACACGUCUGUCUAUUUUAAUAAACUGGUGGUUUCACGACU